UUUAUCUCUCCUUGUCCCCACCCAGAAGAGCAUCUCUCGGAGAGAUUCUCUCCCGUUCUGCGAUUCUCCUGCAGCGGUUAUAGAGUGAAACGGAGAUUGAAUUUCCACCGGCAUCCGAAUCGUUCAUAGGAGCAUGAACAAUGAGACGUGUGGUGAGGAUAUCCUGCACGGACCCAGAGGCCACGGAUUCAUCCAGCGAGGAAGAUGAGUGUGGAUCAGCGCCUGCACGUUCCCGUGGCAAGAAGCUUGUCAAGAAGAUUGUCAUCGACCCUUCUGAUUCAUCGGGAGGCCCUAAAGCUUGCAAGGCUCGGACCAGCUUCAAGAUCAGGAUCCCCUCGGCAUUCUUGGAUGAUGUGGCAGCAGAGAGGAAGAAGUUCCGUGGCGUGAGGCAGAGACCGUGGGGGAAAUGGGCAGCCGAGAUCAGGUGUGGUCGGUCGCGCCAUACUAGAGGACGGUCCGAUCGUCUUUGGUUGGGCACUUUUAACACCGCCGAGGAAGCCGCCCUCGCUUAUGAUAACGCAGCGAUUCAGCUGAUCGGCCCUCACGCCCCAACCAACUUCGGCUGCCCAGCCUUGCCUUCUCCGACAGAGAAGCAAGAAUCAGGAGAUGGCAACGAUGUUGUCUGAAUCCGAUCCCAACAGAACCUCUCUCUAGAUUUAGUUGCUAGUUUUUUUAACUAACAUGAAGGUCGUUGGCCAUGGCGAUUUAGGUAGGUGGUAGUGUUCGUGUAAAUUCAUGUCUUGUCCGUGUCUGUGUAACGUUUUUCAAGUCCGCUUUGUACAAAUUGCUGCCGCGGACGAGUUCCCGACAUUAAAUGUUAGUGCUUUUAAUGUCUUUUACUUGCUAAUAUUUUCCAAUGGUCUGCCUUUAGGAAAUGA